CUCUGUCCCACACAAGGAACCUGGCCAUAAUAUAUACGCAGCAAUAGUCUACACAAGGGACCGACCAUCCGUUCCUGCAUUUCAUCGAAGAAGAUGGCUGACAAUGCUGCCGAGGUGCAGCAGACACCUCAAGUUGUGGAGAAGAGCCAGGCCGCGGAGAAGAGCGAGAAGAAGGCGGAGCUGAAGCCCGAUGAGGCGAAGAAGCUGAUCGAGUUCAUGGAGAGUAAGUACGACGAGCACGUGGCGAAGGUGGACUCGUUCGACGACUUCUACCACGCCAUCUACGAGCUCAUCCAGAAGUUCUGCGAGGAGCGCGGGCAGGUGCAGUACAGGAUCCCGCCCAGGGAGAAGCUGCAGGAGGUGUACACGAAGCACCACAAGGCGGGGAGUGACGAGGUGAAGCGGGAGGAGUUCGCAAAGAUGAGCGGGGAGCUGGUGAAGCGGGACAGCUUCAGCUUCGGCAAGGCGACGACGGAGCUGCUCAUGUUCCUGUUCGGCGCGCCCAUGUGCGCGCUGGUGGCCAAGCGGGUCCUGCCGGGGCUGGGAUGGCUCUCCGACGACACCGUCAUUCCGCUCGCCACCUCCGGCGCCGUCGCCUUCCUUGUCCACACCAAAAAGCUCUGAUCGAUCGAUCAUGUCUCAACCGAGUCAUUGUAUAUGGAUAUAUGUGGCAGUAAAAUAAUGCGAUGGCUCGGCUCAAAUACUGAUGCGAGAACAAAUUCAACUGCA